GCUCUAUAAAGUAAUGUACUAUGAAGACUGCUGUUCGCAUUUCCCUACCCGCCUUCCCAAUACAUUUUGGAAAGCGACAAGCCCUCAUUUACUGGAUGCCAUGGCACAGUUCAUCCAUCUAUCACUGCUGCUGGCAACAAUCCAGCUGCCUUUGGUUUCAGUAACAACAUGCCUACUAGAGGGACACAAUGUUACUUGCGAAUGUCUUCCACCACAGCCCAUUGCACACUGUUGCAGAUAUGCACAAAAUAUGUGGGAAUGUGUUCCUGGUUCCGGCCUCCUCGGAGUCACAGUGACAGUGACCGACAAGUCAAUGACCAUUAACAACCUUAAGCUAGAAGACAGCAGGAAGUGCAUCUACUUUAAAGCUUGGUGCUCUCACCAAAACCUAACCCAAGCUAACUGGUAUCUGUAUCUGAACGUAACAAGAGAUUGUACAGACUCGGAUCUCCCUGAUGUUGACUUUUUAUUAGGUCAACACCAGAAACAAAAAGAUCAGACUACUGAAGCUGGCUGUAGGAAACUCUGUACUGAAGAUCCCACCUGCCAAUACUUCACAUUGCAUAAAAGAAAUAACAAAUGUUUCCUGAUGGUAUCAACUGAUAACGUGGUGAUAACACUUAAUAAAGACACUGUCUCAGGGUACCCUCUUACGAACGGCUGCAGUGACAUAAAUGGUCUCCAGUUCCACCAGGAAGCCAAAAGCUGGAUUGAUGCUCUGGAGCACUGCCGCAGCCAGAACUCCACUCUGGUUCAAAUCACCAACCAGACAGUGCAGGAGGCAGUGAACUCUCUCCUGCAAAAUAAGACAGACAGGAUGCAGGAUGGGGUGUGGAUCGGCCUGGAGCGGUCCAUCUUUGGCAACAUAGUCCCCUGGUUGUGGAUUUCAGGGUCAGAAGCUGCUUACUUUGCAUGGAACAGCAGCUUUCCUGUCGACCGCUUAAACAACCACUGUGGAAAGAUCAUCCACGUUAAGGAGUCAGAAUUCAAGGGGCUGGACGCCAACUGCCACAAUAAGCUACCUUUCAUCUGCCAAAGUAAGCUGCUGUUUUUGUUUAAGGCUCAAUCUGGCAUGAAAUUGUUAUCAAACGUUGUCUUUUUUUCCCUAUUUCCAGGUUUGAAUGAAAGGCUUUGCAAUAAAUGAUGUCACUGCUUGAGACCAAGACAUAUCACCUGAAAACUGUUUAGGAUUUCCAGGUUGACAGCAGAUCCUACAUAAAGACUGCACGGCGUUCUGGAAACUAAACAAGUCAUUCCACUAUUCCUUUGAUAAUCAUCUUCACUGAAUAUUGGCUACUGAUUUUUGCAUUCGCUUUUUUAUUGCACUUGUACUCCCUUUCUAAUAACUGACUGAUUUGUUUUCUUUCCCUGUAAAACCAAUAUGCAAGUCUUGUAAGUAAUGUAAUGCAAGCACUUGUUCAUUAUCAGUCAUCCAAUAAAUAAUUUCACCUA